AAAUCCUCAUACACUCUUAUACACAUAUCUCUCUCGUUCUAUAUACAUAUAUUAUCUUCUCAUAAGUAGACUAUAUGGAUAAUAGAUCGCCAAAAUCAAGAGAAAUCUUGGGCCCGAGACCACCUCCAUUAAAAAUUCGUAAAGAGUCUCACAAGAUCAUCAAGAAGCCACCCUUGGUGCCACAGCUACGACAACAACCACCGGAACCGGCACCACCCCAACUACACCAGCAAGAACCUCCACGUGAUCCGGUGAUCAUAUACACCGUAUCUCCCAAGAUUAUCCAUACACACCCUAAUAAUUUCAUGGCACUGGUUCAGCGUCUCACAGGGAAAACCUCUACCUCUUCAACCUCAUCCUCAUCUUCUCAAUCCAUAUUGAAUUCAAACAACAUGUCAGCAACGUUAGAUACAUCCCAUGGUUCGUUAUCUCCGGCGGCUCGGUAUGCAGUGAUGGAGAAAGCUAAUGCCUCGAACGAAGUAGGGUUUGUAGCUGAUGUAGAGACCACUGAUCAGUAUUAUCAACAUCAUCAUCAUCAAAACCGAGCUAUGGGCAUGCCUAGUUUUUACAAUGCUGGGAUUUUAUCUCCGGGCCCCACUUCUCUGCCGUUGAUAUCGCAGGAGUCCUUUUCUACUGUUGCACCACCGAACGAUCCACAAGGUUUGUCGGCGUUGUUUAAUGAUUUUAACUCUAUCCUACAAACUAGUCCUCCAAAGAUUCCAUCUCCUUCCAUGGACCAUUUCAACAAUUUUUUUGAUUCUUGAUUGGGAUCUUAUAUUCCAAGUUUGAACUGGUUUACAAGUAUUUUAGAGGGUGACACGUGACGUAUGUUUCACGUUUUUUUUUCAUCAUAUUUGUAAGAGACUCUCACAGAAGUAGAGGGUUUCUACUUUUGCAUGUUUUGAUGAUGACGUCAUUUGUUAAAAUCAUAUUGGCAACUUGAUGAUGUGUAUUCGUGUUUGGUGGGCGUUUCAUAAAUUUAAACUCUUAUCUC